AUGGCUACUAAUAUCACCUGGCACGCAAACUUGACUCAUGAAGAAAGAGCCCAAUUAAGAAAGCAAAAGGGUGUUACUGUCUGGUUGACUGGAUUAUCAGCCAGUGGUAAGUCCACUAUUGCCUGUGCUUUGGAACAGUCCAUUUUGGCUCGUGGCUUGAAUGCUUACAGAUUGGACGGUGACAAUGUCAGAUUCGGAUUGAAUAAGGACUUGGGCUUUAGUGAGGCUGAUAGAAACGAGAAUAUCAGAAGAAUAUCAGAAGUUGCCAAAUUGUUCAACGAUUCCUGUUGUGUUACAUUGACCAGUUUCAUCAGUCCGUACAAGCAAGACCGUGAGUUGGCCAGACAAUUACACGAAAAGGAUAACUUGCCCUUCGUCGAAGUAUACGUCGAUGUGCCAGUUUCUGUAGCUGAGACCAGAGAUCCUAAAGGUUUAUACAAGAAGGCCAGAGAGGGAAUUAUCAAGGAGUUUACUGGAAUCAGUGCUCCAUACGAGGCACCUGAAAACGCCGAAAUUCAUUUGAAGAACUAUGAAGGUGCCACCAUCGAGGAGUCAGCCUCCAAGAUUAUCGAAUAUUUGAUUGAACACAAGUACAUAGAGUAA